UAAUAAUGGUAGGAGAGCAUGGUAGAAUAGAACAAAGAUAAGGUAAUGGCAGACGCAGCCGAUCGAGCCAGACCGAACCGGGAAGAGGAGAACCGUUUAAAGCAUGCCUGUGAUGCUGGAAUGGUGACUGGUGAAGUCCCUUCGGACAGCGAGGAUUCUAAUAAUCCACUGAGUUCUGACUCUGUGAGCUCCGAGUCACCUCCAAGACUUGCUGAUCUUGCAGCGAGUUUCCGGGUCUUCUCGGAGUCAAUGGCGAGAAUGGACCUUGCAGAGAUGGAGAUGAUCAAGGCAAGAGAGGCUUCAAGGUUGGAGGCAGAGAAAAGGAGGAUGGAGUUGGAGGCUGAGUUGACUAGAAUGAUGUUGCAGACUCAGUUGCAGAUUGCUUCGAUUGUGGCCGGGAAAGGAACGAGUAGAAAGAGGAAACGAGUUGGAGAAGAAGAGGGGGAGCUGCCCAUUUUGUCAAGGGAAGGAGCUUUGCUGCUAAGUUUGCUACAAUGCAACUUCUUCUUUUGAAGUCUAUUUGUAUUGGAUUCGGCCCUGGUUUCUUGCCCUUUUCCUCUCUUUUCUUUUUAACAAAUAAAAAUGUCUGCUUGAUGUUUUCUCUAUAUUUAAGUCAAGAAUGGACAGAGCAAUAAAGAGAUCUGCAUCCAUUGCUUCUUUGCAUUA